CUCAAAACAGACAACACUAGCGGCACAUGUUUUCAUCAUGGCGUCCCCCUCUAAAAAGAUGGUUGGUGUCUCUGAAGACUCCAGCAGCAGUGACGACGAGGUGCUAAAAAGAUGUAAGGAGGCAGUUUGGGAGGCCAAAACUGACAAGAAGAAAGAGGGAGACAGCAUUACACCACAGUCCAAGCGGAUUAUUGUUGCUGACCAUGACCAUGAUGGAAACGAGCUCCAGGUCACAAAAGGGUUUCAAACACACGUCGCUAAGAAGCUGGGAAGUUUUCUAGACAAUUGUAUAACAGUAAUGAAGACUGAAAAUUCAUCCUGUGUUGACUCAGCAAAGUGUGAUGAAGACAGUGAAGAUGAUGAAGGAUUUCGUCUGUUUUCUUCAUCAGUCCCAGGACAAAAAGCUGUUGAUCCUCUGGCCCCAGUGAGGCGUCGGCCUGUUCCCAGUUCAAGUGACAGCGACAGUGAGAUGGAAACAAGGCUAAAGGAGACCGCCGUGUCCGUCAAAGAUCUCUUACCCUCAUUCUCCCAACCAUCUACGCUUUCAACUCCCUCUGCAGAGGAGUCCUGCUUAGAGAAAAUAAAGAAGAAAGUGGCUGAGGAAGAGGACAGUCGUGCUAUUAAGAAGAAGAAGAAGAAAAAGAGAAAACGGAAUCAAGAAGAAAGUGACUCUGCAGCCUCUGCUCUUAAUGUUCAAAACAAUGGUGAGCACGGGAACUCGCAGCAGGAACACACAGGAGUCAAAGUUAAACGGAAAAAGAAAAAGAAGCAAGACUUGAACCUGAAGACCUAAAUUUUUCUGGACUAGUAUCACUGACAGUCCUCCAUUAGUCUACGAGCUUGAAAUGAUUGAAUGGUAGAGAUUCACCGAUGAGAAAAUCAGGGUCCAUGCCGAUGUUGAAGUUUGAAAUAAUAAUUUAGCUGAUUGCCGAUUCAGAUGUUUGUUUCAUGACUUCUUUAAGUGUAAGACUCCCACAGUGCCACCAUUUUCCCUCUAUGUUCAACAAUUAAAAAAAGUCAGUUUGUUAAACAGGUGACUUCAUUUGAACAAUAAAAAAAACCUCUUCUCUGAUCAGCAGUUAGGUGUACUAGAUGUCAGCAUUAAAUUGAUUUGGCACAACAAAUAAACAUCAACUACUGA